CUAGCGCCACCCCGGAAGCCCACACAUCCUUACAGAGGGGAAUUCAUGCAUGACAAAUGGUAUUAUAGGUGAGCUGUUUAAAAAUCAACUGAGAUUUUAAUCUUAACACUGUGAGCCAUUAUUGAUUCCAAAUUAAGGAGUGAAAUGUAAACAUUCUGAAGAUCUCCAAAAAGUAUAAAAUUCAUUUCUGGAUGAGAAAAGAUGUACACAUUUAUGAUGUUAAAACCAAGAAAAAAGAAAAUAUUAUUAGAUUUUACGACAUAAAAAAGAAAAACUGCAUACUUAGAAGGCAAAAUCAAACUAAAAACACAUUUUCAACAAAAGCUGAGUAUCCUAAAUAUAAUUCCAUCUUCUUCCAUCUACCUCACACAUAUUUUCAUUGAACACCACCUAUACAGAUGAUAAAACUGAGGCCUAGAAAUGAUAAGUAACUGUUUCAGGAUCACUUAGGGCGGCAAAUGUUAAACCAACUCAGACCUCAGAUUGGGAUUCUGCCUCUUUUUUGCUGUCUUUAUAAUGAGAAUUUUGGAUUAGAGAUUACUGACAUUGCCUUCCGAAUUUAAACCAAUGGUUUACAGCAACACCAUGCUCCAUUCCCGAGGUGAGACAGAGGAAAAAUAAAAACACUGACAUUCGGUUGGAACUGAACUGAAUGAAAGGGAAAAAAAAAUCCCCUCUUUACAAUUAUGAGACUUAUUAGUAUUUUUCCUAAAUGUAACAUCCAGAUGUAAUUGGCUAUGUCUUUUUCAAAAAACAUUUGUAGUACUACAAAACUUUUUUUACAGAAUGACUGUAAAAGCAGUUAAUUUCUGUAUAAUUUUCAAAAUUACACUUGGGGUCUGGACUAAGUGGAUCUUGAGAUCAAUAAAAAGUCCGGGACUGUUGCCUCUGAAACAUCCUAGGAAGGUGGCCCUUUUAACGUCUGUCAUGCUUAGCACUUAGGAGAUGACCUGAUCCUUUAAAGAAACCUCUCUUUUUUUAUUCAGUCUUCAAAGCGUUAAGUGAAUUUGUCUGGGUUCAUUAUACACCUUCUAGCUCCUAACUUCUCCAACACUUCUCAACCUUCAGUUCUGACUGCAUUCAUUUCAAUUUGUCUACUCUUUUCCAACUAUUUUUAACUAAGGUAAAUUGUCCAAAUUCUCUUUCUCUUCUGCGGAGGUUUUUAGUACUGCUAACAUCUGAGAUAUACAACAUCUUUAUGACCCUGUCUCUAUUCACAUGAGCCAUUACCAGGUGGAAAUUCCCAGGUGGGAAAUUUCUCUCAGUUCACAUGGCCCAGGAUGCCUUCAUAAAUACUUUCCUGCACAAUUACAUAAAGGACACGAGCCUAGAAGACCUCCACACAUUUCAGAACCCUAGCGCGUCAAAGAACAAGUAGGCAAUUGUGAGCAAUUUGACAACCAAGGGCCUUGGCCGUUCAUUGGACACAGAGCACGUCAAUCCUUGUUUGUCAGCAAAUGAGCCCAAAGCUCGUGACGAGGGGUCACAGGCCACCGUCAACUGUUCCGCGUCAACAGGCCCCGCCCCUCGACUGUGGCCUGGCUCCACUGCCUGAGGCCCGACUUCCGUCGGACGCUUCCGCCAUUGGCCGCCUACCCUCCCGGUCGUGGGGCCUCCUCUGCGGUCCCUUCCGUGACUGCCUCGGUCCAUCUCACUUCCCUCAGCCUCCUCUCAGGGCAGCCACCUCCGGUGCCACCACCUGUGCCAUUGCCAUCAUCCCCCGCCUGGCUGAGGUAACUGGCGGCUGCCAUGUCUACCACGGGGGAUGGAGAUCUGGCCCCUGGCGGGCAGGAAGGCCCUGCAGGUGCGGCGGGGGCCCAGGCCGGAGCCCGCGACAGUGUGGACCACAACUCCGAGCCUCGCAGGGGUGACUCCAUGCCUGAGGCUGAGGCGGGUGGAGUCGUGGGGGCCUCAGGAGGCCCGAGGGAGGCGGCCCUGGAGGGUGGGAACUCUGAGGAAGACUCGGACAUCGAGACGGCCGAGGAGGGGGAGGAAGAGGUGCAGGCGCAGGGCGUGAACCUCAUGGUGGACUCGCGACACUUCUCCAUGACCCGCUACCGCUUAACGGUCCUGAGUCAGAGGUACCCGAUUCUGAACCGUAUGUACAAAAACCACAUCCUAGUCCCGCCAGAGGACGACCACGUGUCGGUCCGGCACCAGACCCGGCCGCGCUUGUCCAACCUCGGCUCAGCCACUGUGGCUCGGUUCUCUGAGGUUCAGGUGCACUCAGAUGGACCGGGGGAGGGGCCAGUGGGGGGACCGGCGCAGGAAGCCCUGGCUCAGGAGGCGGAACAGGCAGAGGAAGCCCAGGAGGCGGCGGAGGAGGCCGAGGAGGCCUCUUUAUGGGAGACGGCCACCAAGGAGUCUGAGGAGCACAGCUUGUCGGAGAUGCCACAGGAGCCGGCCACCCCUGAGAAAACAGGUGAAUGCCAGGAUGAGAACUCCAAAGAAGAGGCGCAGGGCAGCAAAAGUGAGGGGAAAGAAAAGAAGUAUAAGAGGAAACAAGAAGAACCAGAAAAGGAUCUGGACCCAGCAAAGGACUGGCCCAGAAAGCCCAGGUAUCUGUGUAUAGCUUUGAAAAUAACCCAGCUAUUCCCAGGCAUUUACCAAUUUUGUUUUUUGCUUUUUAAUUCUUGGAGUAAAUUAAGAAAAUGUUUGUUUGAAAUUAGUUCAACAACUCAAAUUUACCUAAUGUUUAUAGAACAGUUCUGCAGCCAGUAAUAUAAAGAGCAUGAAGUGAAAUACACUUCAUGGCUUCUCAUUUGUUCUUAUGAGGUCUUUGGUCCUCUAUCUCUAAGACUACCAACAAGUUGUAAAUGUGUCAGUACGUAAGACCAGUAUUUCUUGAGAAAACAGUGACGAAAAGCAGCAGCAACUGCGCUGUGCACUAGUUUGGCCUUCAUGUCUUGACCACAGAAGUGCAGUCUCCUGCACUAAGAGAAGACACCUUUUAGAACGUAACUACUUACGAAUAGCAAAAAGCUCAGAAUUUCAAGAAGGACCACAUUUAGUGAUUAAUACUUAAAUAUUUGCUCGGUUAUAGAUUUCUGUAUUUUAUGUGACAGUCAAAAGGAACAGUCAUAGGAUGACUGUUGUUUAUCACUGAGUUGGUAGUGAAGGUAUAUGUACUGUCUUUUAAUGAUUAACAUUUUCUCCCUCGUUUGCAUAGUGAUGUGUUUCAUAAUAACAGCCUCUUUCUCAUACGGUAGAUAUGGAAACCGAGGGUCUGGGAGGGUAAGGGAGUAUCAUCUGUGGAGUGAGCACAGGCUUUUAAGGUAGAAAGAGUGAUUUUAGUCCCAGACUAGCCUCUCAAAGGAAGGGGG